AUGGGGUCUCGAUUCUUCCACGGCAGCGACAGCUCCAGCGAGAGCUCUUCCGACGAGGAGGAGCUGUACGAGAGAAACGAGGAGGAGUCGUCCGAGGAGGAGUCUUCGGAGGAGGAAGAUGAUGACGACGACGACGAUGAUUCCAGCAGCGACGACGAGGGAGGCAAAUCUGGAGCCAGCCGUUUCUUGCGCGAGGCCUCCAGCGAGGAGGACUCCGAGGACGAAGACAAAGUCACAAUCGUCAAGUCUGCAAAAGACAAGCGCUUCGAUGAACUGGAGGGAACCAUCAGGUUGAUCGAGAAUGCCGAGAAAAUCAACGACUGGACCGCUAUCAACGAACAGUAUGACAAGAUGAACCGGCAACUCCCCACCCUGAUCCGCGCUCUCGACGGCAAGCCACCAAAGAUGUAUAUCAAGGUCGUGGCUGAGCUCGAGACGAUGGUCGCCGAGGUGUUUGAGAAGCACAAGGUCACGCCAGGCAAGAAGAUGAACCCGAUCGCACAAAAGGGUCUGAACGCCAUCCGCCAGAAGAUCCGCAAGAACAACCGCGACUACGCAACCGAGAUUGACACCUUCAGGAAGGAUCCAGAUGACUACAUGAAGGAGGAUGUUGUCGAGGACACUGCACCAGCACCCAAGAAGCCAAAGAAGACCCUCUUGGCGAACGCUGACUCUGUCGAUGCCGACGAUGAUGGCUUCACUAUGGUGGGCGCAGGCGGCAAGGCCAUGGUCUACACUCCAGAGAGCAUCCUCAAGCAUCUUCGAUCGAUCGUGGAGUCAAGAGGUAGGAAGAACACCGACAGGCUUGAGCAGAUCAGGAUUAUGGAGAAGCUUUCGGACGUCUCUGUCAGCGACUACCAGCGCAUUCGCGUCCUGCUCACCCUUAUUGCUACUCGAUUCGACCUGACAUCCGGCACUGGAUCCCAGAUGGCGCAAGAGCAGUGGAAGUUGGCACAGCAAGAAAUCGGACGCCUACUCGAGGUCCUCGAGAAGAACCGCGACAUCAUUGUGAUCGAGGCUGCCGAAGAGUGGGAGGAUGACGAGAAACAGCCAACCAUCACCCCAGGUGAGAUCUUCAAGAUUCCGGGCAGCGUCAUCUCGUUCGUCGAGCGUCUUGACGACGAGCUCACCCGAGUGCUUCAGCACGUCGAUCCACACACUGCAGAGUACGUUGAGAGACUACAGGAUGAGGGUGCUCUGUACACCAACAUUGUCCGCGCCAUGAUGUACGCAGAGCGUCUGAAGGCCGAGCCAAAGAUCGAGCAUUCCACAGAUGCCAUCAACAGAGUCGUCCAGCGCCGCCUCGAACACGUCUACUUCAAGCCAUCCCAGGUUGUGAGCAUACUCGAGGAGAACAGCUGGAAGGAGAUCCCUGAGCAGCUCAACUCGACUGUCACUCCUCGUUCGCAGGCCAAGGAUGUAACCACUCUUGUCCAGACCCUGGCAGGCUACCUCUUCCAGAAUGCAGAGGGCAUCAUCAAGGGCCGCGCCAUGCUCUGCCAGAUCUACUUCCUUGCGCUUCACGACAACUACUACAAGGCCAGAGAUAUGAUGCUCAUGUCACAUCUUCAGGAGACAAUUGGCAGCUUCGAUGUGAACACACAAAUCCUUUACAACCGAACACUCACCCAGGUCGGCCUCUGUGCUUUCCGUGCUGGCCUUGUCUACGAAUGCCAGACAGCACUCCAGGACAUCUGUGGUAGCCAGAGGCAAAAGGAGCUACUGGCCCAAGGUCUCCAGAUGCAGCGCUACUCACAAAUCACACCAGAGCAGGAACGCCUCGAGCGCCAGCGUCAACUCCCGUUCCACAUGCACAUCAACCUCGAAUUGCUCGAGUGUGUAUACCUCACAUGCUCAAUGCUUCUCGAGAUCCCAACUCUUGCGCAAGCAGGCAGUUCACCUGACCUCAAGAAGCGUGUUAUCUCGAAAUCGUACCGACGUAUGCUUGAGUACCACGAGAGACAAAUCUUCACUGGUCCACCAGAGAACACCCGCGACCACGUUAUGCAAGCCUCGAAAGCAUUGGCAGCGGGCGAGUGGAAGAAGGCCGCCGAUUUCAUCACCAGCAUUAAGAUCUGGGAUCUACUACCAAAGGCCGCCGAGAUCAAGAAGAUGCUCGAGAGCCAGAUCCAAGAGGAAGGUCUUCGAACAUACCUUUUCACCUACGCACCAUUCUACGAUACCCUCAGCAUUCAGAACCUUUCCGAGAUGUUCGAUCUCGAACCUCAAAAGAUCACAAGCAUCAUCUCGAAGAUGAUUCACCACGAGGACCUCGCUGCUGCACUUGACCAGGUCAACAGCGCAAUCAUCUUCCGCAAGGGUGUUGAGCUCAGCAGACUGCAGAGCUUGGCACUUACACUCAGCGACAAGGCACAGAACCUCAUCGAGUCGAACGAGAGAGUGUUGGAGCAGCGGACACAAGGUACAGCCAACGCGUUUGAACGACAGGGCGCUCAGCGUGGCGGACGAGGAGGUCGUGGUGGAGGCCGAGGAGGUCGCGGUCGCGGUGGCGCCCCACCCAGAGGUGGUGGACACGGCUUCACUGGCGGUGCGCUUGGCAAUGCGAUCAGGGCGCAAUAA